AUGGCAUUGAAGAACAUGAUCAUUCGUUCAUUUGAACCCGAUGAUCUAUUACAUUGCCAGAAUAUCACGCUUAGUGUAUACAAAGAUUAUGGCAAUAUAGAUGACUAUGCUGAAAAGGCAAUUAGUAGUGAUAUGGUAGAUAUAGAACAGAAUUAUUUAAAAAUUCCCGGAGGAGACUGGUGGGUUGCCGUUCUCGAUCAACAACAUAUUAUUGGACAAAUAGGAAUUCAACCAUUAUCUGUCGGCGAUCAGAAAUCUUAUCGCGACGCUUUAAUGAAUUCUGCAUUUUCGUCUUAUAUAGAUCCUGAACAAAUAUGUGAAUUACGCCGAUUAGCUGUACUAUCGAAGUAUCAAAGACAACAAAUCGGUUCAAAGCUACUACAAACAUUGAUAGAAUAUGCAAAAACAUUUGGAUAUAAAGCUAUUCAUUUAACGACACUAACUAGCAUGUUAUCAGCUUGUCAAUUCUAUGACAAACAUGGCUUCAAGCGAGGAAAAAUAGAACAAUACAAUUUAACCUUUGACUCAGACAAUAAAGUUAUAUAUACUAAAUCUACUGUUUUUGAAAAUCCAUCAGCAUUAACUGAUGAUGAUCGUCAUUUAAUCAGUCAACCUAUGUAUGAAAUACAUCGUAUAUAUGUUCAACAUUAUUGGAUGCUCAUAAAUUAG